CAAUCGUGUAUUGUCCCUCUCCUCACUUGUCCAUACACCUCAACAAUGCUGCCACUGCGCCGAGCGCACCAACAGUGGCUCUUUGACCCAGCAGCGCUCGAUCAGACGCCGUCUCGCGAAGACGGCAUCGACCGCGAGCGCGAACUGCGAGGGCGCCGCGAGGCUAUCAUGGUCGUUCGCAGCCUGGCGAUGAGAACCGCUGUGGUGCAGGCAGGCGCAGUAGCAUCAUCGGCAAACGCGACUGCUGCCAAGUUGGCAGAUGCGGCAGGGCGUCCCCCACCUCCCAAAGUCGAGCCUGACGUCGAGGUCGAAGUGACCAAGGGCAAGGGCACCGUGACUGUCGCCGCCGUGCUGGUCCACCGCUUCUUCAUGCGUCGUUCCCUCAAGGACUUUGAGCCAAGACUCAUUGCCCCGACCAUCCUCUUCCUCGCGUCCAAGAUUGAGGAGGGGGCCAUCAAGCUGCGAUACAUUAUCAACGCGUGCCUGGCAAAGUUUGAGCCUGGGGCCAAGUUCUACGAGCCGGUAGAGGAUGUGCCAGAGACGCACAACGCUGGGCCAGAGUACAGGCGGUGGGAGAAGGAGGUGCUCGCGAUGGAGGAGGUCGUCCUCGAGGCGCUGUGCUUCGACAUGGUUGUCGAGCAGCCGUGGCCCGUGUUACGGCGGAGUAUUCGCGGUCUGGACAAGUUCUGGGCCGAUGAGCUGGCGUCAGGGGACGCUAUGGACGUCGACUCGAGCGAGCCGGCCCCGAAGAGCGAGGCGACCGAGGCUGUCGUCACGGAGCUGGGCUGGGUACUCCUCAACGAGGGCUUCUUGUCACCGCUCGGAGUCCUCUACCGGCCAGAAACAUUAGCAAUGGCGACUUUUGCCCUCGUCAUCGCCUUGGUCGAUGAGGUCCCAUUAUCAGAGGCCAUUGCGACGGCUGCGGAACUCGGCGCGCGAUUCGGCCUUGAUGUCGUGUUCGACGCCGAGGCCGGAGCCACUGGGGAAAACUUGGCAGGAGUCAAGGACGCUGUCCGCCAGUACAUCCAGUACUGCAACGACGGCCUCAUUGACAAGAACCUCGUCCAAUAUGUCCUUCCUGAACCUGACACCCCUCGCACUUAUCAACGCCGGUUCAAGGACCCCCUGCCCGAACCCCCAGCGGCUAACGCGACCAACGGCAGCACUACAGCCAACGGCUGGCGCGCCAAGGUGAAUGGGUUGGUGCACUCCGCUGCCCCUAUCGCACCUAUAUUGUAGACAGGUAGACACCUCACAUGUAUUACAAGUAUG